GACAAAAACAACUACCCAAUAUGGCGUCUUUUCGACAAAAAAAAAUUUAUUUGCUGUUUGAUGAUGGAUUAUGGGACUUUAUUUUAUCGAAAUUAUUUUAAUAUUGUUUAGAAAUCCUUGUGUUUUCCCAUCAAUUCAUACUUUUAAAAAGAGUGCUCUGUACAAUUAUAAGUUACAUUUGAAUGUAUACUAAACUAAAAAAGUGUGCCCUAAAAGUUGGUGUUUUUUCUGUCCACUGUGGCGCGUCAAUUAUUCCGUAUUUUUGCCAAUUGGAUCGCCAAUUAAUAGUGUUUAUGAUAUUUUAUUAACUGCAAUAAAUAACUAAAACUUAAAUAAAAGUUAAACAAAAAUAAACAGACAGCCUAUCACUUGAACGCAAUUGUAAAAAAAGGAACGAAAGAAAGUGUUUUGAAGAAAAAAAAAUUUCAUUUGCAUUGAUGAAACUCGCAUUUGCAUUAAAUUUGUUCUAUUUUGGACCGGAUUUAUUGUCGACCCAUCCGUCACAAUCAACCUACACGAAUGUGGAGCGGGCAGUAUGAAGAAUGGCAAAAACAUGUACCCCUCUGGAAAUGAAGAUAUGAAAAGACCAGGCAUGGAAGACUUUGAGAGAAAGGAACGACGUGAACGAGAUAAACAGGCUAGAGCGAUGAUGGCCCAAGAGAAGCAUCAAGAACCAGUGCCAUUGUUCGGAGAACCAGUGAGAAAAUCAAGUCCCAGUGACAGCGAUCGUUCUAUUCAAUCAAAAUUAGGUGAUUUUUCGUUAGUGAAGCAUAUUAUUGGCGAAAAAAAUGAGUCAAUGCUAAUUGGAAUUCAAAGUGGAAUCCAAAGUCCAGCCGCUUUGCGUCAGCCGAUGAUGCAAGGUUUUCCAGUUCAAAAUAACCGAGGUCCUUCCUCAACAUAUCCAUAUCAUCAGCCUCCCCAGUACAACAAUAGAAGUGUUUUUGUAAAACCUAACGACAGUAAACCCACAUACAAUGGUCGGGGUGGUUAUUCAGGUCAACCAAUCAAGCAUGACCAACAUGUUAGUGGUAUGCCAAACCAAAAACUUCUUCCGCCGCCGUCGUCGAUACCACCGCAAAUGCAUAAUGGUAGAUCGAAUGAAAAGCAUAUGAUGCAUCCGGUGAACGGACGAGCACCUAUGUUUGCAAAACCUACCAAAGUGAUGCCAGAUAAGCCUCCAACGUCGUCAACACUAGCUAACUUAGCAUCCGGACCGGAUGUUGAGAAAAUUUUACAAGUUAUGACGUCAAAAGUGGACUUACUGGAUGCCAUUGCACCGACGCCCCGAAAUGAGAUGACUGAAAUCCAAUUAACUAGGGCGCCAAUCUAUGCGGAAAUGCUGGCUCCAAUUCCACCACUCCCACAAAAACCAAAUAUACAAAUGGUUCAACCAUUUCCGGAGGAUCGACGGCAAGCGAAACCAAUAGAUUUAUUAAAUGACUUAGACGUUUCGGAUAGUGACGAUGGUGGAACGGCUAGCGCACCAACCAUCGAUAACAGUAACGAUGAUCGGACCAAGGCAUCAGCAAUGAUUGAACCCCUUUCGCCAAACAAUGACAAUUCAAGUGAAAGUGGUUCCGAGUCAACGUCACCGAGUCAAUCGUCGAGCGAAGAAUCGAGUUCGGCGAAAGUCGAGAACAGUCAGGAGAAGAAAACGUGGUGUUUAUCGUCAUUCGCUCCGAAAAAAGCCAAAUCCACUCAACCAUCACAAGACAGUCAACCUGCUGUUGCAAAUAUAAAACAUGAACCUAAUGUGAUCGACGAUGACAACGACUUAAUGUACAAUGCGCAGAUGAUGCCGAACUCAAUGAAUCCAGUCAAGGAUAUUUAUCAACCGCAAACACUCGCAAACAAUUACGAUUCUAAAGCACAGCUCAGCCAGAAUAAUUGUGAACUGAACGUGGAUGCAAUUAAGCAAGAACCACCCGCGGCCAAGAGUCCAUCUAAAAGUCCUGAAAAACUGCCUUCGGUUGAUCCAUUUGAGUCUGAUGAAAUUGAAAGUGUGCUGGCUGAAGCCAAGGAAUUGAAUCAAAUCAAACCAGUAUCUAGUUUGUCGGACACCGAUGACAAACAAGAAAUACGUAAAAAGAAAGCGCCGCGAAGACGACCCCGCAAACAGCCUCCAACUACCAAUGAUGCAUCCAGCGACGAAGAUGGUUUUUCAAGUACAAAUACAGCAAAUCGCCGUAGCAGUUUCGUUGAAACUGGCACUUGUAGAUCCCAAUCAAUGGACACGGAGAAGAAGCGCCGAGGUCGGCCGCGAAAGGAUCCAACCGCUGUUCCACCACCAAAAACCACACCAAACAAAAAGGAAACAGUGAAAAAAACGAAUGCUCGAACUCGUAAUGGACGUUCCAAUUCAACGGUAAAGAGUCGAGAAAUGCUUUCGACUGAUUCGUCGUCGGCCGACGAGGAUACACCAGAAAAACGCAACGUUCGGUUACCAAUAAUUUCACCUCGUAAUAAUAACAAAAAGUUAACCAAUAGAAAUUUAGAAGAAUUAUCGUCAGCUGCUAGUGAAGAUGAAAUCAUACCUCCUCAACCAACAAAUAGCCUACGACCGGAAUCGUUGUCACCGAAUGAUCGACUAUCCACUGGUCGAAGCAAACGUUCGUUAUCGUCAAGUGAAGAUAAUUUGAACAGCAGCGACGAUGAUUUACACAAUGACCAAAAAGUCAACAAACCUAAAAGUGAUAAGAACAAAAAGGACACUCUUCGCAAAGUGUUUCCAAAACUUUCCAAAUGGAAAGGUGGUGCCAAAGGAAAAGGUCAGGGUCAAGUGCUAAUUGUCGAUCACUCCGAAGAAGCUCAAACUCAACAAGCUAAAGAAAACCAAAUGCCUUCCGAUAAAUUAUUGUCACCGAUUGCCUACAAACCAACCAUUGCCGAACCAAUUCAACAGCAGCAUCAGCUUCAACAACAACAACAACAACAAACACAACAAAAUAUUAACAAGACUCCAACUUUGAUUCCAAAAGCGUCGGAACUGACAACCAGUAACAUAAAUUCCAACAACAACAAAUACAAAUCAAUGGAAACUCCAUCAAUAAUGUGCCGCAUUGAUUUGAGGCGACUGAAGCGAAUACCACCGGAUCGAAAUUUGCUACUAGCACGGCAGGCAAAUCGCAGAAAUUCGAAACGUGGCGGUAGUAGUAUUGGUGGUGAAGACGAUCGAUUGUCGAUGGCCAGUCCGAAUGAACUUCGGAAUCGUACAAGGUGCGGCGUCGACGAUGAACCAAGCAAUCGAAUAAGUAAUUCCAGAGAUAGUAGCAGUAGUAUGGAUGGAAAAUCGUCCAAUCAAAAGUCGUCAAUGGUCGACAUUGCAAUAGCUCCUACAUCAAAUACAAAAAUCGGUAGUAGUAGUGGCAGCAGCAGCAGCAGCAGUAGUAGUUCCAGCAGCAGUAGUAGUAGUAUACAGGCUCGCAGCGACUACGAAAUGUCAAACGUGAAUGAAAGACUUAGUAGUAAAUACAAUACCGUUAUACACAAUAGUAUAGAAUCUAGGCUAGGCAAUGUUGAUCAACAUACUAUAAGGAAUACGUAUAGCACGACACAUUCACCGAAAUUGGAUGAAAAACCGAUUGGCAAAGCAAUCAAACACGAAGGCCUUAAAUCUGAAUUUAGCAAUAAUGAAUACAAUAAUUAUGCGUCACCAAAGUCGUUAACGGGCGACGCUGUCAAUAGUAAAUUGACCAACAGUUACGGCAGCACGAUCAAACGAGAAAAUAUCAAAACGGAAUUCAAUGCUGAUCCAGAUGAAACACAAAGCAGUCAUAAACCUUGCACAAAUGAUUUUGCGCCGCAUAGUCGAAGUAAACGUUCAUCCAGUGGAAGUAGCAGUCCGUUCAAAGAUAAGAGAAAGAAGAAGAACGAUUUAGUAGUGGAACAAGUACCUCCAACCAAUCACGAUCGGUUAGAUAAUUUGCUGGCACCUCCACCACAGAAGGCACCCAUAGUCCAGAAAGUUUACUAUUCAUAUUUUGAGCGUGCUAAUGACAACAAAGAUGAAACUAAGGACCACAGCACUUUUCUGUUAGAAGCCAAGAGACUGAAACAUGCAGCUGAUCGGGCAACGGAGAGCCUAGCGCAAGCCAUGCUAUAUUUAGAAGCGGUGCUCUACUUUCUACUUACUGGUACAGCUAUGGAACGAGAAUCUGUUACGGUCAAGGCAGCUUUUACUAUGUUUAAAGACACUCUUAGUUUAAUAAAAUACAUUUCUUCGAAAUUCAAAAACCAACAAUCACAUCCAGUACAAGGAAACAUUCACAGCAAAGUGGCAAUUUUAAGCCUGAGAUGUCAAUCAUUAAUACAUUUAAAAUUGUACAACAUGCAACGGCCCGAAGUCAAAGAAUGUCAAAAAAUAAUUUCGGAUUAUAUGACCAAAGGUAAUAUUGAAGUGCCAAAUGGCAAUACGCCAUCACCAAUUUCUCCGACCAAUUCUGUUGGAUCACAGAGUUCGGGAUCGAAUACUCCACCUUGCUCGUUGGAGCCGCUACAAGUACAUGGUGCAUUUCAGCGACAAGGAAGUCUUUUCAAUUAUUUAGUUAGCUGUCAUGACUUAUGGGAUCAAGCUGAUGCACUAGUUACGAAAGGAAAUCACACAGAUUUUUUUAUCACACUCGACCAUGAAUAUGGACCCAUCACAUUACACAGUACAAUAAACAAUGUGGUCAAGUACAUUCAAGCUGGCUUACAGCAUCUGAAAGUGGAAAAGACCAAACAAUUGUAAUAUUUAUAGUCACACACACACGAAAGAAAAAUGUUCUCAGAUUGUUCAACAAUAUACGGAACAUAUCCCGUAUUCGUAGCGGCCGAUCUUCGCAUCUACGAAUAUAUAAAUAAAGCAGGCAACAAUAUGUUGUGUCUAAAAACAUAUGAUUGAAUUGUUAUUGAUUAAUUUUAUUGAUUAUUAUUAUUGAUUUUUUUUUAAUUUUAUUUUAUUUGUACAACAUUAAAAACUAAACAAAAAUUUUUCUUUUUUUUAAAUAUAUAUUUUUGAAUUGAAACGGAAAUGUAUAGUAGCGGAAAUGAAAUGAUUAUCAUAGGGAAUUAUUAUGGUAUACAAAAAAAAGUGGACGAAAAAGAUGACAAAGGAAGACACAAGAAGACUUUCACUUCGAUUGAAAAGUGAACACACAUUUUGGUGAGACACGGUGUAUCGUGUAUUUGAAAUAAAAGAGAGAAAGAAAAGAUGAUAGAAAUAAAAUAACUAAAAUUUAAAAAUAAAAAAACUUUGUAAUAUAAAAAGAUGAAUAAAAAACCAAAACCAAUAGAAAGAAGAAGAAGAAAAAAAAACAUUUUUUUACUAAAAGAAAAUUAAAAUGAGAAACAGAAAAUUAAAGAUAAUUAUACUUAAUAAGGAAAAGAUAAAAAAAAACUUAUUUUAUUAACUGAGACGCGCUAUGAUGGGAUAUAAAAUAAAAUUAAGAAAAAUUAAGAAGAAAAAACAACACACAAAGAUUAUUUAAAACAAAUAAAUGAAGAAAAAAACGACGGAAAAUGAAAUUAUUGAAAGAAUUUUUUUUUUUUCGUUUUUUAGUCAUAUAAAACAAAAGAUAAAUAAAAGAAAAACAACCAACAACACCACACAAUAAUUUAUAUUUAUAAAAACUGAAGAAGAAAAAUUAUGAAUUUUAUGAAUGAAAAUUCAAUCAAUCGACGACGAGAUUGGACAAUUUAUUCGUAAUUUUUAAAUUACCCUAGGCAUUAUAAUAAAAAAAAGAAUUAAUUUAAACUCAAUUUGUACAUAAAUUAUAUACAACAACAAGAGAAGAAAAAAAACAUAAAAAAACUUAUAUUGAU